AUGGCGAACAACAUGGGUGAUGACCUCAACUCGUCGGAUAUUGAGUUUGAGCCAGUCGUAGUCAAGGGCAGACGAAAACGGGGUCAACAGAGUAUCCAGGAGAUCAUCGAGCAUGCAGACGAAGACCGCAUCUCUUCCAAGAAGGCCAUCAAGUCGUUGGAGUUUGGUCGCGGGGCUCCACGCACUAUUGAAAACGCACAACGCUGGAUGCAACGCUUCAACGCCUUCCGUCAAAACACGCUCAGGAAAUCUAUCGGGCUGCCCUUUAUCGGCGACGACGUCCUCCGCUUCUUCGAUACCAUCAUCGGUAGGCUGAAGCCACACAGCAGAGGCAAGCCCGUACCUAGCAGCGAAUACAUCGUGAGCGGCUUCGGACACAUCGCCUCGUAUGGCACGUUCACCUACACGGAAGCGUCGGGGUACAAGCUCACAGCGAACGAUGGGGCGAGACUUCAAACCUGGCUGGACGAUGCAAUCAAAGCCGGUCGACUUACCAAAGGGAGGUGGAAGAAGAAAGUCUGGCUGAACUAUAUAAUCGUGUCACGCAUGACCCGCGCAUGGCUGGAUCACUACCUCCAAUUCGGAGCACGAAACUGGGAUCUGGUCAUCGCGAAACUUCUUUCCAUUGUGCUCAUUACCGCUGUGGGAAUGCGAGUUGGAGAUGUCACGCGAUCCUUGGGUUAUGACGGUAUCCAGUACGUCAAGUACAAAGACAUCACCUUGGAAGUGAUCGAAGAAGCCAAGCUGGCCAACAUCAAAGCUCGCAUCACAUUGUCGUACAUGAAGGGGAUGAAAGAUACGUUGAAUAUGGACGGCGUCUUUUACUUUCGUCCCAUGGAAGAGAAUGCCAACGAGGACCACAUGUGUGUGAUCUCCUUGCUCCUCGUACAUGCUCUUCGACACGGCUUGGUUCUUGGUUCGACGCUGUCCGAAGUGCUCGAGAACGCAGUGGCCUCUCCCGAUUCGUGCGUGGUUUGGACGUCCCCGGAUCGACCAGUCCUUACAGCUAUCCUCGCAAACAAGAUGAGAUGCGUGGAUCUGAAGAAACCGGCGCACCCAGGUCAGGUGUUGAUGACGCUGAAGCACAUGGGGCUCAUCAGCAAUAUCCUCUCGCCCGUACGCCUACACUGUCUGCGGUAUGGCAACGCUCAAGACGUGGCCCAUCUCCCCCGAGACCACACGGCUGGGUUUGUUGAUGACACUGUCCGACAGACGCUAUCCCACGCCCCGGUAACUAUGAUACAUGGCGUAACAGAGAUGUACACGGGACCCCACACUCGCGAGACCUACAACGACCGUGCUGCUGCCCAAUAUACGAAUCACUGGGGAGCAAAGUUUAGCGAUGAGUCUGCUCUGGACGUGGUCAAAGCUCGUGUGAGCAACGACGAGAUAAUAGAGUGGCAGCGCCUCAAUGAACCCCACAAAAACGAUCAUGCUACCCGGAACGCGAAAGAUCGUGCUCGAACGGCGAUUCGAGCUCAACGUCAUCAACAAUUCAUCGACACGGCCGCUCCAGAAAGGAAGAGCACCGUCAAGAAGGGCGCGCUGUCAGAGAAGUCAAGCAACAUCAAGGCUGCUACCCCCGACCCUUCAACCAAGAAGUCAACCUCGACCCGAGAAUCGGCGGCCCCCCCGAUUUGGCCCCCCGUCGACCUUGCCACCGUGACAGAGGAGCCAAGAUCAUCACGAAGUCUGGAAUUCGCUAAUAUUGAUCCACGACUCCUUGAAGAUGAGGACUUGGACAGCGUCCAAGUAGACGCUACCCAACUGGAAGCAUUGCAGUCUCAAUUGCUGAGCCUUGGUGUAGCCGAUGGGAAAGGAGAGGCAGACAAUGAUAUCGAUAUCACAGGCCUUCAAGCACUGCUGGCUCGGCCUGAUGUAGACGACGCUCCUGAUCAACCGACGACUACCGACUUCAUCACUCAUCUCUCUAGGAUCAACAUUGUCAACUGUACACGCUUUGCCGACCAGUGGCCGAAAUAUGAGAACGGCGUUGCGUAUGAGGAGAGCAUUGGUCAGUACUCAGUUCGGGGAAACUCACGCGAUUCGCCCACACCGAUGACCUUUCAGUGUCAAGCAACAGCGCAAUGCCCCCACGUGUCCAUCCAAAAGAAAGCCAUCAUCGCCCACGAAGCUAUAUGUUCUCCAGAGUAUGUUGCUCGAGAGGUCUACCGUCGGGAGCACGGAGAAAGCUUUCACUGUGCUCAGUGUGAGGCCAAGUUCCUUACCCAACAUUUGCUCAACAUGCAUGUCAAUAGUGUACACAACUUCACGCCAACUCCGUGUCCGGAGGGGUGUGACCCAGCACAUAUCUACCCUUCCAAGAAGACUCUGAACGCCCACCUACGGAGGAACCACAGUGGAAUAUGGCCAGCUCGUUGCUUAUAUCCCGGAUGUACUAAUGAGACGCUGUUCAAGUCAUCCUCUUAUUCGAAUCACUUGACCAACGCACACGACUUGAAGACGAGGGCAGACCGGGCCCGCUUCUUUCCACCAACCCUGAAAAGGACUUGGCAGCCGACAGCCUGUCAUCUUGAUGGUUGCACCAACUCUCACGAAUUCGGCACUGAUAAGGGGUUGAUCAUGCACCUGAUCGGAAAACAUGAGCUCGACAGGGACGCUGCAAGGCAAGCAUCAGAACAUGGUUGGAUUUCGCAGAUGUCCAAUCAAAGAUCAAAGGGGCAUCUCACGAGAAAGUAUCGCCCCAAACAAUGGGAGGCCGAUGAGGAUGCGAGCGCAGAAGACGACGAGACUGGAGAAGCGGUGACUCGACGAGUCAAGAGACGCACAGCGUAG